AUGAGAACGAUAUUGAGAAACAUCCAGAUUUCGACAAGGAAGAAUUUCGACAAGGAAGAGUAUGAGCGCAAGAAGAAGUUGGCAGGUUAUGGCUUAGUGAUAGUCAAGAAGAAAGAUGAAAAUGAAACUGCAGCUUCCGCCCCUAAAAACCCAUAUCAAAGUAUAAGCGUGCUGCCAGCGCCAGUAACAAACAAAGUCCCUGUGAAAAGGAAGCCAAUGACGCAAGAAGAAAAGGAAGCUCGUUUGCAUGAAAUGCAGGAAAAUGCGAAGUGGCGUGAAACGGAAAGAUUGAAGAAUGUGAAAGCAACCAAGGCUAUAGAGAAGUUGGAGGAAGAAGAGGAGAAGCAAUCCACUGUCCCAACAUUCUUACGUGCCCAGAUAGUAGCUGCUUCUGAGCAAUCUCUCGAGAACCGAAUACAAAGUAAUAAACGGUCUGUGCAACGUUCCUAUGGCUAUAUGGAGAAAAAGUUUUCGUCCAGAUAA